CCUGUCUCACUUCCCAGAGCUGAUAUCACACAGCUCUAACCAUCCUGAGCUCUCAGUUCAGAUUCUCAGCUCACUCCAGUCAAUAGCUGCCUUUCCUAAGGCUGGAGCCCUGUGUGUCUCACUCCUGGAUCUAGUCCUCUAAAUAAUCCUCCCAUAUCCAAUCACGGUCUUUGUUUAUUAUAGAAAAUCCUAGACAACACUGUGGAAAACAACACUGCAGUCCUCAGCAAGGAAGCCAGCACUGAUCUAAUCUUACUGUGCAUCAAAUUCAACCCUGAAGGUCUUGCUUAGCGAUAAAUUCCAGUACCUAACACACAGGUCACCAGUACAUGUCAUUGUAAUUGGUUAUUAUACUUAAUUACAUAUGACUCUAAGGCAUGAUCACAGGGAAAACACUUGCUUUUGAGAUUUCUCUGUGACAUCCUUGCAGUUUAGGAGAGUCAGAGUGAGUUAAGAUGACUUCAUCAGACUAUUCCAACAGAUGAUUCCACUGUAUGAUCAGAAGAUCCAGAGGUUAGUUAGAUAUACUGAAACUCUGCCUAGUCAAAUAUGUUUCUGUACCAAGUCUCACUAAGUACACUAUAAAUUUGUCUGUGUAUUUGUAGUGAUAUAAUUGCUUUAUGGUAAUUUGGGUGCCAGUAUUAUUUUCAAAAAAGAAAGGAAAGAAAAAAUCAAAAAAUGAUCUUACCAGAAUGGGAAAAUAUGUAAGAGAUAAUAAAGGACAGACUUCUGUCUCAGUGCAGACACUGAGGACUUCCUGGGGUCUCAGGCCAUCCUCAACCACAGCCUCAAACCUUCUUUUCUUGGUCUUUAGCAUGGCUUAGCUCAUAAGACGUCAAUGUGGGUACAGUGUCAUUUUUACCCAAACCAGAAAGCUUCCUCAACUAAUAGAUCCAAUCAGAGCUGAGGUGCAGAGGCUUAAAAUGCCUGUGAGGGCACUGGUCACUCACCUCCUCCAUCCCUUCAAGGGCUGUGUCUACUCUGGCCUGCUCCAACCCAAGCAGCCUCCCUGGGAAGAUGUCACCUGUCCUGAUUCUCCUGACCUUUCUUCUGCCACUUGGAGCUGGUGCAGAGGAGAUCAUCGGGGGACAUGAGGUCAAGCCCCACUCCCAUCCCUACAUGGCAUUUAUUCAGUCUGUGCAUGAUAAUGGGAAGAAGAUUCGCUGUGGAGGCUUCCUGGUGCGAGACAACUUCGUGCUGACAGCUGCUCACUGCCUGGGAAGAUCCAUGAAAGUCACUCUGGGAGCCCACAACAUCAAGGCACAGGAGGAGACCCAGCAGAUCAUCCCUGUGGCAAAAGCCAUUCGACACCCUGACUAUAAUCCUAAGGACCGCUCCAGUGACCUCAUGCUCUUAAAGCUGGAGAGUGUGGCUAAGAGGACUAAGGCUGUGAGGCCCCUCAACCUACCCAGGCGCAAGGUCCAAGUGAAGCCAGGAGACAAGUGCUAUGUGGCUGGCUGGGGACAGCUGGCCCCUGAAGGUGAAUACUCAGACACACUUCAAGAGGCGGAGCUGACGGUGCAGAGGGAUCAGGAGUGUGAGUCCCGCUAUGCAGGUUACUACAACAAAGCCAUUGAGAUAUGUGUGGGGGACCCGAAGAUCAAGCGUGUUGCCUUUCAGGCCACCAUGGUCCAUCCCAGCAAGCCAGAGCGAGCCGUGAGACACCCUGAAGGAAACAGACCAGACACAAGAUCACAAGGUCUUCUUGGUUUUAGUUGGGGAAUAGAUGCUGGUAUACCUCCAUUGUCCUGUCCAACUUCACACAUCUUCCAGCACUGCCUACUGUGAACACUGAGAAUAUAUAGUUUCUUGGCUUUGGCCUGGGCUGCCUCCAGUUGAGCAAUGAGAAGGUGGAUGGUGUGGUGCUGCCCCCAUGGGCCAGCUGUCCAGAGGACGUCAUCCAACA